GUGGCUGUCACGACUGUGCGGUCGCCAGCGAGGUGGCCGCGGGCGCGGCGGGGCGGGGCUGGGCGCGCUCUCCCCCACGCCCGCGGAAGUGCUGGGGAGGUGGGCAGGGCCGGGGCAGGGGCGAGGCCGGAGGAGGGCAAGUCGGCGGCAGGGCGAGGAUGGAAGUCCCCGGGACCCGGAGCUGAGCGACGGAGCGCGCGGCGGGCAGGCGCGCCGGAGGAAGGCGAGCUUCGCUGUUCCUCCGGGAGCCCAACACCGUUCCCGCCCGGCCACGAUGAUCCCUCCAAGCGGCGCCCGCGAGGACGGCGUAGAUGGGCUGCCCAAGGAGGCGGCGAGCGCGGAGCAGCCGCCCUCUCCUGCAUCCACCAGCAGCCAGGAAUCCAAGCUCCAGAAACUAAAACGAUCACUUUCUUUCAAGACCAAGAGUUUACGGAGCAAAAGUGCUGACAACUUCUUCCAGCGGACCAACAGCGACGCGAAGCUGCAAGCGGACAUGCAGGCCGAGGUCAGCCCCAGCUCCAGCCCCUUGCCUGCUCCGGGAAGCCUGGCGUCCACGCCCACCAGGGCUGGCCUGCACCCAGGCAGCGGCAAGGCUCAUGCCUUUCAGGAACACAUUUUCAAGAAGCCCACUUUCUGCGACGUCUGCAACCACAUGAUAGUGGGAACAAAUGCCAAACACGGACUGCGCUGCAAAGCCUGUAAGAUGAGCAUCCACCACAGGUGCACAGACGGCCUAGCACCCCAGCGGUGCAUGGGCAAGCUGCCAAAGGGGUUUCGGCGUUACUACAGCUCCCCCUUGCUCAUCCAUGAACAGUUUGGAUGCAUUAAAGAAGUUAUGCCCAUUGCCUGUGGCAAUAAGGUGGACCCUGUCUACGAGACCCUUCGCUUUGGCACUUCCCUGGCCCAGAGAACGAAGAAGGGCAGCUCUGGCAGUGGCUCUGAUUCGCCUCACAGGACCUCUACUUCAGACCUUGUGGAGGUUCCUGAAGAAACCGAUGGGCCAGGAGACGGGUAUGACCUAAGGAAACGCAGCAACAGUGUGUUUACGUAUCCAGAAAAUGGCACUGACGAUUUCAAAGACCAAGCAAAGAACAUAAACCACCAGGGACCUCUUUCCAAAGACCCAUUACAGAUGAACACCUACGUUGCCUUGUACAAAUUUGUACCACAGGAAAAUGAAGACUUGGAAAUGAGGCCAGGAGACAUAAUUACUCUUCUAGAAGAUUCCAAUGAAGACUGGUGGAAAGGGAAAAUUCAAGACAGGAUCGGCUUCUUUCCAGCCAACUUUGUUCAGAGAGUACAACAAAACGAGAAGAUUUUUAGAUGUGUUAGAACCUUCAUUGGGUGUAAGGAGCAGGGGCAGAUAACACUGAAAGAGAACCAGAUCUGUGUGACUUCAGAAGAAGAACAAGACGGCUUUAUCAGAGUGCUCAGUGGAAAGAAGAGAGGCCUUGUCCCCCUCGAUGUCCUGGAAAAUGUCUGAUUGCUGACCCCUCCUCCUUGUGCAGCAGGCCAGCUCUGCUGCAGUGCCGUCUGCUCAUCUCACUGUGUCCACCCAGAGGAGCUGUCGCACUGACCCGGCCCCCCCGGAAACAGGGAGACAAGACUGGAGGAUCUGAGACUGUGGAGCAGCAGCCACGCGGCAGAGGGCCCAUCACAAAGCGCAUCCUGGCUGCUAGAGGUGGGGAUGAGGCUGAGAUUUGGCCAGCAUACCUGGGGGGCAGCAGGGCCCUAGGCCACAGCUGCCCCAGGACUCAGCUCCUUCCCUGCCCGGGUGGUGUAAGUCAACCGGCUGGAGGGUGUUCCAGUCUAUGGUGUGGCCCCAGCAUGAGGUUCAGUUCUGUGUAACCAAGUGUUGUUCUGGUUCCAGACCUUUGUCCCCAGUACUGCCCAAUCAGCAUCAUCACACUUCAGACUCCAAGCAGUCAGUCUCUCUGCGGAGACUCCAGCUCCCAGCUGGUUACCAAUAGAGGUAACCAGAUCUGAGGCACAGAUAGAAGCAGCGAGGAGCAUUGGGGAUAGGGGGGACACAAAUCCCUUAUUUAUUGAGGAUGACACAGUCCUUUCAGUUAUGAAGUCCUUUCCCAAAGGAUAGGGAGCUGGGAGAGAGAAUGUGGAGAAAAGCAUCCAUUUUCAUUUUAUAGCCUCUAUAUUGGGGACAGCAUUUUCCCCUUAUGCCAUCCUGUAGGAAUCUAUUUUGGAGGUGGAGCUCAUCUUUCAGGGAACCAGGAACAGGGAGGGGAACCAAUAACAGCAUAUUAGAAGAAAUCGGAACGCAUUUUUUCUUAGGUCAGUAUAUCAUACCCCAGCAGGCAUACAAUAGAAAGGAAUCCUUAAUGCUUCAUCCCUCUGAAAGCAGAGGAAUUGGGGGCCUAUUUAGCAUCAUCAAGGGGAGUCCAGAAUCUCUAUUACUCUGUACUUGUACUAAUGUUUACAAGAAUACAAUAUACUGUGAUGCCUUCCUCCUCAAGCCUCCUCCUAGCAUUCACACUUGCAUCCUAGAAAUCAUUCACACGGUUAAACUUCAAUUCACAAUGACCUUGGAAUCAAUGUCAGUUUGGUUUAUUUUGUUACAGAGCAAUAAAAUCAUUAGAAUAAUUGGUUUUUAAAAGACUUAAGUGGAUGCAUCCUGUGCAUGUAAGCAUUAUUUCUCAAACCAAAGCAUCAUUAGUCUCCAUUUAUUUCUUCUGCUACUGCUCAGCAUGAAGUUGGGAGCUGAGAUGGGGUGGCUGCUGGUUUCACAGUAGUUUGGAUGCCUUACUCUCAUUUUAAAGCCAGCAUCCAGAGUUUUCUCCCUUUCUGAAACAACAGGCAAACCCAGGUGGAUAGAGUCAAGAUGGAUUCUUUGAGAGCCCACGCGGAUAACACAACUGCCUUUCUGUAACAGUGAAUGCCGAGUAUCAAUGCUCUUUGCCUCUAAUCGAAUUUUCCAUAUAAUAAAGACAACACAGUGGCUGGAAGGAGCAAGAAAA